AUGGCGUCAUUAGUCUCAAACCUCCUCCUCCUGGGGGCUGCCGCCUCGCCAGCAACGGCAUCAAUCGCGGCCUGGUGGAAUGGAUACGGCGCCCAGAUCCUUGUGCAGAAUGAGACCGACACGAGCAACCAAAUCCACUACAGCGCCUGCAACAGCGAGGGUUCGCCCCGGUACUCUUACAUCGACGACAGGUCGCUCUCGCUCAUCGAGAGUCCCAAGUAUGGCACGCCGUUGGCAGGCGUAGGCUGGUUCGAGAAGGCGGAAACUAUAGCAUCCAUCUUCUACAUCACCACCGAGGGGCAGAUCGCCAACACAUACGUCAGGUGUGACAUGGACACCGGCUUCUUCAAGAGCGAUGGCAAUUGGGUUGUCAGCAGGGGGAUCGUGCCUUCCAUCCACAACAACUCGGGGUUGGCUGUUGUUGUUCUCAGCUCCACAGCUGGCUAUCGCGUCUACUACCAUGACAGUAACGGCGCCAUUAACGAGCUUUCCUACACCAAUGCCGACCAAUGGCACCAUCGCGGUGUCAUUUCCCAAGACGACAACUCGCUGCCCGCCUUAGCCGCCACCUUCAGCGGCAACAAUAACAUCUCGGUGGUCUCGGCGCGCGACGAACGGAAUAUCGCCGUCACUCGGUGGAACAAGGAUGCGACCUGGUUCCGAUCAACUCUGCCGCAGCCGCUCCAAGGUGGCUUCACCACCGCUGACACAAACAGGACCGACAUCGCGGUGAACGAGACGGCCCCUACCAACUUUACGCUGCCCGCUUGGGAUGGCAAGACCAGCGCCCUCGGAAUCAGUAUUGACAGCAGUUACGCGCGAUCCCUAUGGUACAUUGGCAACGACAGCAGCCUCCACUGGGUGGCCAGCCGAAACUGGACUUGGUCUCAGCAAGCCAACAACCAAUCUGACGCUUCCUGGCCCCAGGCCGACAAGCCUAACGCCGACCUCGGCGUCGCCUAUGACUUCAACAGCAGUAUGGUGCGGCUCUACUACACGGUACAGGGCCAGGUUAGCGAGGUCAACUACCAGAACGGCAGCUGGAGUGCAUGGUCCUCCCUCGCGACACCCCCGCCAUCAACGCCCACAGCCGAUCCUUCCGCAGACCCCGGUCUUUCCGCCGGGGCCAAAGCAGGCAUCGGCGUCGGUGUCUCGCUCGGCGCGCUCGCAAUCGGCGCCAUCGUAGCCGUCAUCGUCCUGGCGCGGAGGAAGAAGCAGGCGGGCCUCGGUCACCCGGACGAGGGCUCCACGACCGUCACACCCGACACGCCGGCGCGAUCGCACGGCUCCCCGACUGCUCCGGCGUCCGAACUCACCACCAAGUACGAGCACGACGCUUGGGACCAGAAGAACGCCCCAGACCAAGCCGAGCAGGUCCAACAGCUCGACAGCACGGCGAGGACCGAGUUGUGCGCGCCGCAGCGCUAUGAGCUGCCCACCCAGAAUCACACCCACGAACUGGCGGCCGAACGACGCCAGGAGGGUCAGUGA